UAUGCUAGGUUUUUUGUGCUGGAGACUAUCGCAAGAGUUCCUUAUUUUGGAACUGGGAGGAAAAUCGUGGUGGUUUGAUCGCUUCCUUGCACAACGCAUUGCAGUGUUUUAUUAUUUCAUGACAGUUUUAAUGUAUGUAGUGAGCCCAAGAAUGGCAUAUCACUUUUCUGAAUGUGUGGAGAGGUAUGCUUACGCAACUUAUGACAAGUUUAUCAAGCUACAGGGAGAUGAGUUGAAAAACUUGCCUGCCCCUGAGAUCGCUGUCAAAUAUUAUACUGGUGGUGACUUGUAUUUAUUUGAUGAGUUUCAAACCUCCAAAGUUCCCCAUUCUCAAAGACCAAAAAUAGAGAACUUGUAUGAUGUGUUUCUCAACAUAAGAGAUGAUGAAGCAGAACACUGCAAGACAAUGAAGGCAUGCCAGACUCAUGGGAAUCUUCAUUCACCUCACUCUUAUCUUGACGAUGAACAAGAGGAUGAUUUGGGUUGUGUUCUGCCUCAAGCAGAUAGUGAAGGUAUUGCAGAUUGUAUUAAAAAAUCUAUAACGUCUCCUCAAAGACAAGCAGAUAAAAUAGAAAUUAGUUAA